GAGAGAGAGAGCUUGAGUAUAGAGAGUACAGCACUCGUUCACGAGCCUCUUGUUUACCUGCAGUAACUAAAUCUCAGCAUCUGAUUUUAGGUUCUGAUCCCCAGUCGUGUUAGGAUGGAUUGCUGUUCUGGUGAUAAAGAAGAAACCUGCGUGAAGCACGAGGAGGAAGAUAUCCUCGACAUCCCCCUGGAUGAUGAAGAGGCCAAUGCAGCCGCUGCAAAGAUCCAGGCCAGCUUCCGUGGCCACAUGACCCGGAAGAAGCUCAAAGGUGGAGAGAAGGAAGAUUCCGAGCAGAAAGCAGAUGGCACACGGGAUUGCGAGGAGGAAGCACCUGCAGAUGGGCCAGACGAGACCAGUGCGAAUGCUGGAGACUUGGGAGCAGCCGAUGCAGGCAAGGAAGGAAAAGAUCAAAGUGGGGCUACCGAAGAGGCAAAGGAAGGGGCAUCUGUUAAUGGGGACCAAUCAGAGACAGCCCCUGAAGAUGGAGGGAAGGCAUCUGAGGAGGUAGAAGGUGAGGCAGAGGCAUCCGCACCUGAGCAGUGAGACCGUGAUCACACUCCUUGUCGAUACUUCCUGUAAGCCUAGGAACAAUAUUGUGCAGGAUUAAUUCAAUGCUAUCUUUUCAAUUUGUACUCCUUGCAAGAUGUUCCUGUGUUCUUCUGAAUUACUUUGUACAUUUCCACCUGCCAGCAGACACAGCAGUCUCCUCUAUCAUAUUUCUCUCCCUUCUACUCUCUUCUUCCUUUAUUUCUUCUCUCACAUUUGCAUCUUCUGUUUUAUCUUCCUCCUUUCCAGGGAGAAAAUAGACCGUGGCCUCUUUCUUGCUUUGCACAUAAGGGCAUUAAGUAGAUGUUGUAGUUUGUCCAUGAGCCUGUGUGGUAUUCUUAUAUUAUGUUGUCCAGGAGGUUGAAGCAUUAUAAUUUGCCAUUAUUGUUGGGUUUGUUUAACUCCUAGAUGAUAUUACAGACUGCACAAAUGAGAUGAAAUCAGCAAUAGUAAGCCCUUGUCCUUAGACAGUAAUGACCAGCUCCACUCGAUCAGGAUCGCCCAUGAGAAGACUCACAGCUGGCUCUGAUUGUCAGGUGGAAAUUUCCAUUGUACCAUGAAACAUUUUCUUUCUACCAGUCUUCAAAUGAUUUAUUGCUUUUUUUUAAACAGGAGGAAGAUAUGAUUACAAUAGAGCAACAGAAACGAGCCUAGAUGCAUGCUGCAUGAAACGGAAUUUUCAGUAAAUAAUUUGCUGUAUACUGGGUAAUGAUUUAAGGAAGCAAAUUACCGUCACCACUUCAAAAAACAAAUGAGUAUCAAAUGCAGGAAGAAAGAUUUUUAAUUCUAACUGAUGAUAGAGAUUUCAUUAUAUCUAAAAUGUUCAACAAUAAGUUAUGACAAUCACAAAUAACUUCACCUGGGAUUCUUGAUUUCAUGAUUUUACACUUUGGGAGACACAGGGAAAGUUGCUGGAAUAUGAACCAAUUGAAAGAGCUGAUAGCAAAAACAGUUUAGGCAAAGAAGAACCUGGCUUCUUGUGGUAAUAGAGUGGUCAGGGGAACCUUCCCACCAAUCUAACCAUCCAUUUCCAAACUUGAAGAUGUAGCCCUUCAGGGAAUCCCCGAGCUCAGUUCUGGCUCAGAUGAUCCUCCAACAUCUAACCUGAUUGAUCUGUUUAUCUGAAUGGAACAGAGUCAGGAUCUACCAUUGGAGGAGUCGCAUGCCCUUGACCUAGACUAAUGUCAUUGGUGUUUGGGCUUGAAAAAAAUAUAGUUCUUUAAGUUGAUGUGAAGUAUUAUGUACAGAGCAUUUCAAACAUGUAGGGAAUGAGCAGCCAGACUCCUAGGAAUGAUGACUGAUCGUUGUGUGAGACUCUCAGACCAUUCUGCUGUCACCUUCAGCCUUCCACCUCUCUCUUUCAUACUUCAAGAUAACUUUUGCUUGUUGAGUUCGGGUUUUCUGUUGAAGAAUUAGGAGAGCAAUUGAUAAAGCUGUAGAUGGAGUCAUGCUGAGCUUUUCAUGGAGCUGCUCACUGUAUCUUCACUUGCCAAUGCUUGAAUUUCUUCCUCCCCUUUCUUUCCUUUCACACAUAACACUUACAGAAUUUUUUUUUGAAUGAUGGAAGUUCUCAUCCUAUAUCAGCUCACUUCCAUCUCACAGGAUUCAGGCUGACAUGUUUAAAAUGCUCGGAACUUAAAGCCUCUCUACACAAAUCCUUGCAGGUGCUGAUACCUCCCAACAUUUAAACAAGGUGUCACAUCAAUGUUGAGAUCCCAUUGCUAAGCUCACAUUAAAUUUUAAAGCAAGGUCCCAGUUUUAAUUUGAGUUGUAAUUUUCCUUUUAAAUGUCCAGCCCAGUAAAAAAAAACAAAAUAUUCAUUUCUUAUCACUUACAACACGGUGAUGCAAAGAGCAUUUUGACAGAGGAUGUUAAUGUAUAACUGAGCACCUCGGGGAUAAUUGUAACCUAACCCAUUCAACUCAAAACUGAUGGGAUGAGUCCAUUGUUGGUUUUACACUGAUUAUACUAUUCACUAACAUCAGUGUAACAUUGGGUGAUGCUUACAACCAGAGAUCUAUACAACCUGUGAAUUUUCCAUCCACAAAUCAGUUUAAAGUGAGUGUCCUUGAUUCUGAUCCCAGCUCUGCAGCAAUGUCCACUGUAAUCCAUAUCACCUCUAGUCUGUUUUCACACCAUGCAUGCAGGAUUAACUCAAUGCCAAAAUUCUGAAUGACUUGCAAGAAUAACUUUUAUUUUGGUCAUUAUCAUUGGGAAUGUUUCUUAUUUCAAGGUCAGUUUUGUGCCUGGUCUCCCAACGGUGAACAAUAUGGUUAAAAUAAAAUGAAUUGUCCUAGUCACAACAACCACGAUUGUCUGAGAGACUCAUUGAAAGUUAUGCUUAAAGUCAGUCAUGUAGAGCAGUAUACUGGUCUGAAAGAAAGUGAGUUGGCUUGGUCUGGAUGUCUAAAUGCAAGCAUGGUCAAUUAUGUAUGUGUUUGUAUUGCAUUGAAUUUACAUCAGCAGAAUGGGCUAAUUGACCUCACUGACAUGUGUCAGUGUUUAUUUUCCAUAUGAGCCCCCUUCUGCCCACUUUAUCCCAGGGUAUUUUUUCUCAUUCAUGGAAGUAUCAAAAUUUCCCUUUAAUGUGCCCACGUUAUUUGCUUGAGCUACCCUUUGUGAUCUCAAGUUUCACAAUCCAAAACAGUUUUUUUUCAAAUUUUCACAGAUUUUGCUACAACACAGAAAGGUCAUUUGGCCUGUCGAGCCUAUGCUCACUCUUAGAGCUAACCCAUUGGUCUCAUUGCCCUUGGUCAUUUCCCUUCAAAUCAUCUAUUCUCACAUGUCCGUCAACUACCCCUCCCCCUGUUUCUCCUGCCACCCACCUACACCAGUGGCAAUUUAAAGUGACAAAAUUAAUCUAGUCGUGCAUCUUUGGGACAUGGGAGAAAAUCGGAACACAUGGGAGAAAUUCAUGGGAUCACGGUGCAAACUCCAGGCAGACAGUACUGGGGGUCAGGAUUGAAUCCAGGUCACUGGAGUUGUGCAGCAGCAGCAUUAAGUUCUGUGUCAUUGCUGCAUCACUGUGGCUCUGUGAUGUGGGCAUCACUGGCAAGAACAGCAUUGACUGCCCACCUUCAUUUGCCCUUGAACUGAGCCUUGCUGGGCCUUUUCAGGGUGAAACACGUUGGUGAGUUUGGAGUUACACACAGGACAAUUGGCAGAUCUCACCCACCCCACCCAACUGAAGGAUAUUGGUGAACAAAGUAGGAUUUUACAACACUUUAAUGUCGUCAAUAAUUUGUUUUAUAUAAAUUCCAGAUUAUUAACUGAAUUUAAAUUCCACAGCUGUCAUGGUGGGAUUUGAACUGCGGAUUCAGUCCAGGCCGCUGGAUUACAAUUUCAGUAAUUUCGCAGUAGCUCCACCACUGCACCACCGUAAAAAGAGUCUGUGGGAAAAUUGUAAAAUCUAACAUAUUAGCAUAGUUGUUGCCAGAGUUAUGAUAUUCUGGAAUAUGCACUUAUCCAUUGAUCGCAGGGUUAACAUGUAGUCUGCUAAUUACUGGGCACAACUCCCAGUUGUGCUAAUUACUGGGCACAACUGUGUGUGUGUGUCCGUGUGUGUACCAUAACUAGAGAUCUCUCAUUAUGGACUGUUGUGACUAUGGAGUUGAUUGGUGCUGUGCAAUCUUAGCAGUCCAUUGCUGAUAAGAGAUGCCAGUCUUACUCUGUAAGAGUGUCCCUGGGAAAAUCAAUUGUCAUUUGCUUCCUUGCUGUUUAUUUGCAUGUGACUUAUCUGGAAUACUUAAUAAUUCUUCAUUUAAAGUCUGUUUAUUUAACAAAAAUAAUAAA